AUGCGCUCAGAGAAGGAGGGAGUGGGAGGCUCCGGGGUGGCCGUUGCUGCGCGGGGCCCGAGCGGGAGAGAAAAGCUGUCGGCUGUGGAAGUCCAGUUUCGCCGGGAGUCGCCGCGGCGAGAACCAGAGGUGCCACCAGCCUCGUCCUUCGACUGUGGGGGCGGUACAGGCAAACCUCGCGAGGAGAAGACGACGGUUCUGAGCAAGGUGGUGAUCCGGCGGCUACCUCCCAGCCUCACCAAGGAGCAGCUGGAGGAGCAGCUGCACCCGCUGCCCGCGCACGACUACUUCGAGUUCUUCACCGCCGACUUCAGUCUUUACCCUCAUCUUUAUUCAAGAGCAUACAUUAAUUUUAGAAAUCCUGAUGACAUCCUUCUUUUUAGAGAUCGUUUUGAUGGCUAUAUCUUCAUUGACAGUAAAGGCCUAGAAUAUCCUGCAGUGGUAGAGUUUGCCCCAUUCCAGAAGAUAGCCAAAAAGAAACUAAAGAAAAAAGAUGCCAAAACUGGAAGCAUUGAAGAUGAUCCAGAAUAUAAGAAGUUUUUGGAAACUUACUGUGUGGAGGAAGAGAAACCUAAUGCCAAUCCCGAAACUCUUCUGGGAGACAUAGAGGCAAAGACAAGAGAACUUAUUGCUAGAAGAACCACACCUCUUUUGGAAUAUAUUAGAAAUAGAAAAUUAGAGAAGCAGAGGAUUCGAGAAGAGAAGCGAGAAGAGCGAAGGAGGAGGGAGCUGGAGAAGAGGCGUUUACGGGAAGAAGAAAAGAGGAGGAAGAGAGAAGAGGAGAGGUGUAAGAGGAAAGAGGCAGACAGACAGAAGAGAGCUGCUGAGAGAGAAGUAAGGAUUAAGCUUCUUAAGAAACCAGAAAAGGGGGAGGAACCAACUGAGAACCCAAAAGAAAGAGGAGAGGAAGCGGAUAUUGGAGAUGGAAAACGGGAGCCCUAUGCUGUCCUGAAGCCCACGCCCUUGGGGGGCUUGCUGGAGGAGCCCAGGGAAAAGUUGCAGAAUGACAGUGAUAAAGAGCAAAGGGAGAUGGAGAGGAGAUUUCGAGAAAAAGAGCCUGAAACACAAAGAUGCCACAUGGAUGACAGCAGAAAGCACAGAGCUCACUGUGAGUUUGACAAGUUUUCAAGGAGAAACGAAGAAGAGCUGAAAUGGGGGAAAGGAGUCCUCUCAGACAGAGGGAAGAAGGGGAGCCAGGACAGUGGCAUCCCUGUGGAGGCAGCAGAGUGGCCUGGGAGAGAGCACAGGAGUGAAGGCAGCCCAGCACCCAAAGCGGAACGCCCAGGAAACAAGGAUCGGCCAGCCUUGCAGCUGUACCAGCCAGGAGCUCGCAUCCGAGCACAAGAGACUGCCGGGGGGAUCUCUAUGGAGGGCCGUGAUGGAAGCAGGGGUGAGGCUGAAGAUUUGGGACGGUCCGGUUCCCAGCAGAGUGAAGAGGCAGGUGCUUACCGAGUGAUCAUCUCCCACUUCAUGAGUCGAAUGACAGUGAGACCCUCGGGGGAAGGUGAGGCAGCUCAUGAGGCAACAGGUUCUCUGACCAGAUCUCCACAGGGACAGCAGGGUGUGUGGCUGUGGCCUGGUGGCCCUUCUGGCCACAGUCCUUCUGCACAUGGAGAGGACCCGGAGAGUGAAGAGCUGCCGCCCCCAGGCACAGCCAGUCUGCUCCGGGCCUGUGCAGGGUUGGCUGUCCCUGGUCAGUGCAGAGAGGCGACAGGGCAGACCCACUCUGUGCCGUAUGUGGCCAAGGAGGCCCAAGGGGAGUCAGACCCCAUGCUCCUGACUGCAGUGGUAGAACCGCGGGACCGGCUCACCCUUAAAGCCCACCCCCUGUGGACUCCUGUUGGGUGA